AUGCGGGCGGCGUCGUCGGCGCGGGGGGCGUGGCCACAUGCGAGUGGGCGUGGCGUGCGAGCCUACAAUACUAGACGAGGUCGCGGCGACCAGCACAGUGUACAUCUCGAGUCAACCAUGUGCGGGCGGCCAGGAACACCACCCAGCCUGGCGGGUUCUCAGGUUCUGCUUCUGCUGCCCCUUCUGCUGCUGCUCUCCCCGCCCCCUGCCGCGGCGGCCCCCUCCGGCGUCGCCGUCCGCGCGCCCGGCCGCGGCCCGCCUCGCCCGCAGUACCUGGAGGCGGUGCGGCCCGUCGUGCGCAACAGCGAUGUGGCGCCGCUCGAGGCACAGGGCCAGCAGGGCCUCCAGCAGGGCCUCCAGCAGGGCCUCCAGCAGGGCUUCCAGCAGGGCAUCCAGGAAGGCAUCCAGGAGGUGCCAGAGAUGGUCUCGGCGCCCCGCAAGAGAGCCGCCAUCGUGCUAGACAAACUGAUGUUCGCUCUGCAGAAGGCCCUGGACGAUACCCCUGCCCCUGCCCCCGGGCCCCACCCUCCAGCCUACCCAAGGUCGCGACCCUUCGCUGGAACGAUGGACCUGCAGCGGCGAGGCAAUGGCGACGGGCGUCUUUACUGGCGGUGUUACUUCAACGCAGUCUCCUGCUUCUAGACGGCGGGUCACGUACUGCUACGGUCUGAACCCACAAACAAACCAACAAACGAAUUUACUGGAAGACAGAGAUGUUUACUUGGUACUUGAUGAUUUAUGUGUGUUAUCGUUUUUUUUUCUUUUGUUUAAUAUAAACAGUCCUCCUUAUUCCAAUUGUAUUUUUUGUCGAUGGCCAGGUGUCUAAUGAAUUCAUUUGAACACACAAUUUAUUGCAAUUAUUUUCACAGAAGGUCAUAGUAGCCUCAGUGAAAAGGGGGAUGUCAUUCUCAAUUAAGCAUUCCAGGUCUCCUAAAAGUAUUGGACUAAUGUACUGUAAUAUCGUUCUCCUUUGUCAAUGUUAUGGUUUAAGUGCUGUUUUAAAAUGCUGUACAUAUACAUAGGGAAGUGUUGUCAAGACUCCUACCAUUCAGUGAUUCCGUAAUCGGUGUCAACCAUAAGAAGGCCUAUGAUAAUGCAGGAUUUCUUUCUUUCCUUUUAAGCAACAGGAACACAAAUCACGCACGUGGGUUUAUCAUCGUGUCACGUGUCAGUCAGAAGUGUAACGCGUGGGGCAUUAAUUUUUUUCUUCAGAAGUAUCCCUGUGAAAAGAAAAACGUUUUUCGAGCUGGUUUAAGAUAUAAUUAUGACCUGUUCUCUUGUACUGCCGAAACAACAGUGCAUAUAAUGAUCCAGUAUGAAAAAUAUAUAAUCGUCUCUCUCUCUCUCUAUCUGUUUCUGUCUGUCUCACUUUUCUGUCUGUCUGUCUCUCUCUCUCUCUUUCUGUCUGUCUUACCUUUCUGCCUCU